CAUAAACGUGGGACACAGCGUAGCGUGUGGUUGGAGGCGCCAAGGUGAUAGAACAGAUACAAGCAAAUAAAAUCGGGGAUUUAAUGAUUUAUUCAGCCUCUGACCCCGAGCACAGAGCACCUAACGGCUGACGUCACACAGGCCUGUGAGGGUUACCAUGUUAAGUGUGGGGGGCUCGUCGAGGAUCUUCAGCCUUCCCAUACGAGGAUUCUGCUCAGCUGUGAUCUACAGGAAGUCACUUCCACCUGUCAUCACCUCUCCUGGCAACUACCUCCAUAGAUCAGGAGGGGGGGCACACGUGUCAGGUGUGCGGGCCCUGUCAGGUGGCAGCAGCGAUGCUGCAGGUGGGUGGUACAGCAGCCUGGCGGACUCGACCCCAGUUCACCUGUGUGAACAGCUCCUGGUGAGCGUACAGGAGGCGAGCGGGUUGCCAUGGUGGUUUAGCAUCUGCGUAGCGACGCUGUCAGUGAGGACGCUCGUCACUCUGCCGCUCGCUGCCUACCAGCUGGUUGUCAUCUCUAAGGUGGAGGCACUACAGGCUGAAAUCUCUGAGCUGGCCAAGAGACUACGCUAUGAAGUGUCAGUCACAGCAAGAGAGAGAAGCUGGACGGAGAGAGAGAGCCGGUUCCAGUUCAAGAAGAACCUGCGGCGGAUCGUCUCUCAGCUCUACGUCAGAGAUAACUGUCACCCCUUCAAAGCCAGUCUGCUGGUCUGGGUUCAGCUGCCACUCUGGAUCAGUCUGUCUCUGGCUCUCCGAAAUCUGAGCCUGGAUCAGUCUGACCUGCAGGGGGCGCUGGCAGCAGGAGGUGCUCUGUGGUUCCCUGACCUCACCAUACCGGACUCCACCUUGAUCCUACCUGUCUGUCUGGGACUCGCCAACCUGCUCAUCGUAGAGGUCUUUUCUCUGCAGAGAGUCGCAGCGUCUCGAACCCAGCGGCUGGCCUUGAACACCGUUAGAGGAUUUUCUCUGCUGAUGAUCCCAAUCGCUGCCACGGUGCCCUCUUCCAUGGCUCUGUACUGGUUUGCUUCCAGUCUGGUGGGAUUCAGUCACAACCUCCUCCUUCGCUCUCCUUCAAUCUGCCGACUCUUGCAACUGUCGACUCCUCACUCGACAUCUCCAUACAGAGACCUACUGACCGCCUUCUUCGCCAAAUACCGCAAAUGACCGCGCUGUCAGAUAAUACAGCUGCAAACACCUACAAAACAAGUUGAGGACAGCAAACUGACUCAGUUUAAUAUUUACUAGCUGCCUGGGUCCACCUGAUGGAAAAAAAAAAAAACCAAAAACAGCUGACUGUAACUUCCUGUCAGAGUUUAAAGUCCUAUAAAGUCAGAUAAACGUCUGCGAUGAUGUGAUCACCUCAGAUAUUUAAAGUGUUUGAUGUUAAUCUGAGAUGUGUCUGUCUGGUCAUAAAUAAAGUCACUUCAGACUGUGAA